AUGAAGUCCUUCACCCAAGCCCUUUCCCUGGCAGCCGGCCUGUCCCUGUCCUUUGCCAGUCCCACCCCGGCCGUCUUCCCGAGACAGACCAACAGUUCCAAGAACCUGAUCGUCUUCGGCGACUCCUACUCCACUGUCGGCUUCUGGCCCGGCGGCACCCUCCCGGCUGCCGGAAACCCACUCGGCAACCCCUCCCUGCCCGGCCAGACCACUUCUAGCGGCUUGAACUGGGUCGGCCAUCUCACGAGCACCCUCAACACAUCCACCAUCUUGACCUACGACUUUGCCGUGACCGGCGCAACCACCGACAAGGAUAUCGUCGACACCUACGCGCAGUACUGCGUCGACGACCAGGUCGACCAGUACAAGCAGUACGUGUCCAGCGUCGUUAAUAAGGACAAUGCCCUCGUCGCUGUCUGGAUCGGCAUCAACGAUGUUGGCGAACCGUUUUGGGACAAGGUGUCUGCGCCUGUCACCAAGAUCAUGGACCGCUACUUUGAGCUCCUUCAGACUCUCGCCGAUGAUGGUCUGAAAAACUUUGUCCUGCUCUCCGUGCCUCCCUUUUCUGACCAGAUUCCCGCCAUGAUCGGCCAGUCCGAGACCGACCUGGCCCGCCUGCGCUCCGACAUCACCUCGUACAACGCCGCCCUCGAGACCCGCCUCGCCACCUUCAAGUCCGCCAACAGCGGCGUCAAGGGUCUCGUCUUUGACACCAAGCCCUCAUUCGACACCGUUGUCGAAAACUUUGUGCAGUACGGCGCCAAGGAUGCUACCUGCUACGGCUCCAGUGAUUGCAUCUGGGCCGACAACUACCACGCCGGCCUAGCUAUUCACAAGCUUCUUGCCCAGAACUUGGUCAAGGGUGUUGCCGCGAACUUUGUCUUCUGA